UUUCUGUUUGCUCAGCCCGGACUGACGCAUGUGACGUGUAGCUCCGAGCUGUGCACCUCGAGGCAUUUUGGGGAGGAUACCUCCACUGUUGUUAACGUUACCUCUUGGCAUGUUCAAAUCCUCUGCAGCCUAUUCAUAGCCCCGCUCUUUGUUUUCUUCGGCAAGGUUUUGGCUUAGCUGCCUUCGUUAGACGGUAGUGCUCGGGGCCAGCAAGGUUAUAAACGUGGGAAGUAACUCCCUGGCGGUGUUCAACGCGCAGUUCCCUGUUUUGGCCAAUGCUUGCUGCGCUACAGCAUGACCACAGCAGCGUCGGCUCAUCUGAUAGUUCUGGCAAAUGAAAAUGGAGGAGGUUUCAAUGUCCAGCCUGGACAACAGCAAGCUGGAGGGCCUAGCUCAGGACAUCCUGUCUGACCUGGUGGAGGAUGCAUGCCUGGGUCUUUGCUUUGAGGUCCACCGGGCCGUUAAGCAGGGCUAUUUUUUCCUGGAUGACACGGACCAAGAAAGUAUGAGGGACUUUGAAAUCGUGGACCAGCCGGGAUUGGACGUGUUUGGCCAGGUGUACAACCAGUGGAAAAACAAGGAGUGUGUAUGUCCCAACUGCAGCCGAAGCAUUGCUGCCUCACGCUUUGCCCCACAUCUGGAGAAGUGCCUGGGGAUGGGACGCAACAGCAGCCGCAUAGCCAACCGCAGAAUAGUCACGGGUAACAACACCAACAACAAGUCGGAGAGUGACCAAGAGGAUAACGAUGACGUCAAUGAUAAUGACUGGUCUUACGGGGCAGAAAAGAAAGCCAAGAAAAGGAAAUCGGAUAAGAAUCCAAACUCCCCCAGAAGAUCCAAAUCAUUCAAGCAUAAGAACAGCAUGAUGGGUCCUAGACGUCGCAUGGACAACCAGGAAAGCCCACGCAUGCUGAUGAAAGAUGAGGCGUUCCCUCAGUGACACACUAGGCCACCAACACACAUUCUCUUACCUUCGUGUGUGCACAAGUACACAGAAACGCGCGCACACACACACACGGGAAGACCAAUAACACUUCACCCUCAGUUCGUUGUGUUGUGAAAUCAAUGGACGUCGAUGUUAUACGUAGGUGACAUUCAUGGCGUUUGCUGCUCUGCGGAAGCGGUCCAGACCUCCCACUGUAUACUUGACAGAUUUUAUUUUUAUUUUUCACAAAUUAACCGUACCAACACUCAUGUUGUUCUUUUGUUUAGUUAAUUUUAAGUUUUGCUAGAGUCCAAAAUGAAUAUCACCAUAUACUCACUGCACAGAGGUAGAUUCUGGUGUAAUUCAUUCAGUGGCCAAGCAGGCAGCUGUGUGAAGAGUGAAAAUGUGCACAUACAGUAUGUUGUUUCUUUAAAAUACAGAAACGAUUAGCCAUUAGGUUUACUUGUAUUUCCUCACCUUCUUAAAAUCUCAUUCUUUGAAAAAAACAAAUAAUGUCAAAGACAAUCAUUACUAAUGGUUUGUCUGUUAUUUUCACAUUCAGUGUCAGGCUCAUAGUUCUCCAUCUGAAUUACAAUAUGUUGUGAAACAGUUUGUCAUUCACCUGUGGAAACUUGUUUUAAUAAUGUUCAGCAAGUGGUAUGGCAGGUAUUCGCUGCAGAAAGCAGGUUUUUGUUUAAUUUUUCGGUGGAUAGAUCGGCUUGUUUUCUAGCAUUCAAAAAUGUCUUUGUAUCAUGUGUUUACAUUGUAAAGGAUUACAUAUAUCCUUGGUGUGAAGUGAUAGUGUAAAUAUUCCAAUAGUUGAAUUGCUGCUAUCAUGGCUCAGUUUGUUUCAUCUGUCUAGCAUAAUAAAUGAUUUGUUACCUGUU